AUGUGGAGCGUCGUCCAGAGCAGACCGUGUUCGGCGCCCCACACUGAAGCCGGCGUGUCGCUACUCCGGACGACCAUGGCAGCGCCUGACUUUGAGUUCCCGCGCAUACAUGAUUUUGCUCCAUUUUACACGCUGCAGCCGAAUCCAGAAACAGCUGCUACUCAGGUCGAGAUGUGGGCGCGCUUGGUGCUCUCGUAUUGUCGGGCGCACAAACGCUUCGUCCUGCAGGCUGGCGGCGAGUGGGAACGCACAUCGGAGCUGUUUUGUCAUCGAACAAUCGACCGGGCGCUUUCUCCUGAUAUGGUGCGUGUCCUUUUCGCGUACCUGGUACAGCAGGGCCGCGCUGCAUACGACCCGCCACUGCCCAAAGGCGUGAAGCCUUUGCGGGUGGGUCAGGUCGAGGCGGACCACCGCAUGCAUGCGCUAAGUGUAGCGGGCGCCGAGGCCGUACCCGCCGGUACUAGUGAACCUGGAAGCAAGAUUUGGGUGUACUGGCACACACCUAGCGAGUGGGGCGAUGUGCUCUACGAGUGGAUCAAGAAUACGGGUCAAAAUCGAUCAGUGUUGACAGUCUACGAGCUGCAGCACAGUGCCUUUGCCGAGCAGCACGCACUUCCACUACCCAUACUCAUGCUGGCGCUUCGAUCCCUCGCGGCCCGGGGAUGCGCGCAGUUGUUUGGCGGCACGGAGGCGGCAGGAGAGGAAGAGCAGUUGGGUGUCAAAUUCGUGUAG